AAAAUGACUUAAGUUUUAGUGCUAUUUAGUGCAAAUAUUUCUAGUUUUAUUUAGUGCAAAUUUCACUUUAGAAUACUUCAAGUUGUAUAGCCAGAAUCAAUUUGAAUGAGGAAAAAUAUUGAGGUCCACAUAUCUUUAUAAAAAACGAAAAUGAACUUCCAGAAAUGGAAAUGACGACAUAUUUCUUAUCUAAGUUAUAAGUUUGAAUUUACUUUCACGUUCUUAAUUAUAUACUCCCUCCGUCCCAAAAAGAAUGAGACGGUUUGACUUUUUGGGAAAUUAAGGGAGGGAUAUUUUGGUAUUGACUUUCCAAAAAUACCCUUGGUGUGAUGGGUAAAAGUAGGAUGUGAUGGGUAGAUUAUUAGAAUAAAGGUAUGAUGUGAUAGAUAGGGUAUGAAAAAGUAAGGGGUAAAAGUGAUUUUUAAUAGAAAUGUAACGGACUUUAUGGGACGGAGUUUUUUCUAAACGUAACAAACUUUUUGGGACGGAGGGAGUAUUUUUUUAGAAAGAAUAAAAUAAUUAUAAAAUUAUUGUUUAACUACUAUACCCCAAUGAAACUAAUAAAAUGAAAUAUGAAUAUUUUCCUUUUGGGUUAAUAUUCAGUGCAUUGAAUAAACCUCAUCUCUCCCUUAAUCAAUAAAAAUUUGACCUUUAUUAUUAUUAUUAUUUUGCAUGCGUAUAACAGUACUAAUUAAAGUUGGAAAGAUUAUUUUUGUUGUUGAGAUUUUGUUUGAGUUGGCAAAUUAAAUGGAAAGAUUUUGCAAAAAUGAAAGAGUAACGACAAGUCAACGGCAUGUCCGCAACCACUUUGGGCGAUUUAUAUUUGCGUGGGGCUGGCGGCGGUAUGGUCUUUGAAUUUGCUCAAAUAACACCCCCAAUUUGUUUUUUUUUAAAUUCUAUCCGUCCCUAAAUAAACUUUUCCUUUUGUUUUUUCUUUGUCUCCAAAUAAAUCUCUUUUUCCUUAAAAAACUUUUUCUACCUCUUACUUUUUCAUAUCCUACCUAUCACAUAAUACCCUUUUACUAAUAAUCUACAUAUCACAUCUUACUUUUACACAUCACAUCAAGGGUAUUUUUGAAAAGUCAACACAAAAAUAUCCCUCCCUUAAAUUCUCAAAAAGUCAAAGGGGCGGAGGGAGUAUAAUGAUAAAAAAAUCAAAUUGUUGGCUACCCUUAUCAUUAAAUUUGCCAUAACUGACCCAUAAGAAAUUUUUAUUUUUAAAUCUCAUCUUUGCUUACGUACACUUAUAAAUGGUGCCAUAGUAAGUUAAUUAAUAAUAAUGCCAAUUAAUGUAUUUCUAUUCUUUUUUUGUACAAUAAUACUCGUAAAAUUAUAAUCAAAAUGCAGGAAGCGGGUUUAGAUCUUAUCGUCCAUAUAGAUCUGGCUAUUUUGGGGCUUCCAUUAAGCUCCAAUCCGGAUACACAGCUGGGGUCAUAACAUCUUUCUAUCUAUCGAACACGGAGCAGCACCCGGGAACCCACGACGAAAUUGACAUUGAGUUCCUGGGGACGACCCCGGGAAAGCCGUACACGUUGCAAACAAACGUGUACAUAAGAGGGAGCGGGGACGGAAACAUCAUCGGACGCGAAAUGCGGUUCCACCUCUGGUUCGACCCCACCCAAGGUUUCCACCAUUAUGCCAUUCUUUGGAAUUGGGACGAGAUCAUAUUCUUCGUGGACGACAUCCCGAUCCGACGGUAUCCGAGGAAGAUCGACGCGACAUUCCCGCAGAGGCCGAUGUACGUGUACGGCUCGAUUUGGGACGCGUCAUCUUGGGCCACGGAGAACGGGAAGUACCGGGCCAAUUAUAACUACCAACCGUUCGUCGCCAAGUACAUGGAUAUCAAGAUCGGCGGUUGCGAGGAGCAGGCCGCCGUUUGGUGCCGCCCGGUUUCUAGCUCGCCGGGCGGCUACACUGGGUUGAGCCGCCAGCAGUAUGCCGCCAUGGCAUGGGCCCAGAGGUACCACAAGGUGUACGAUUAUUGCCAGGACAGUAGCAGAGACCGUUCGCGAACACCCGAGUGUUACUGAUUUUAUUUGAACGAAUUUGGUUCGGUUUGGUUUGGUUUUGACAUUCCAUAGAUGUGCCACCAACCAUGCAAAGGGUUGUUGAACUUAGCAUACAAGCCUCCCAAAAUGGUUGGGACAUGUGUGUGAUCAAUGUAUGUUUCUAUAUUUUGUUGCAAAGUAUGUAUAUCACGUGAAUUGUCAAAUAUACACACUCAUAAAGAUUGUGAAAAAGAUGAAAAGAAUCACAAAAUGUUAAUAAUGUGUAGUGUUAAUUAAUUUGCAUACUACACAUGUGUGCGGUGUACCAAUUAUCAUGUACGUCUCAUACUGUCAAUGGCUCGAUGGAUGAAAUGAUAUGAUCGACUCAUUGUCUAUAGCAAUUUCAUACUCCUUUCCUAAGAGAAUUUUACAUUAAAAACUAUGAUGCUUA